AUGGAGGGGCUUAUUGAGGUACGGCGUCUGAUGGACGAUGUGCAACCUGCUGCGCAUGUGCUGCGCAUGUGCUGCGCAACCUGCUGCGCAUGUCGGAGAGAGGGGCACGAGGAGGACAUGCUGGCUGCACUUAAAGCCGACCUGAGCCGCGGGCGCAUGGAAGCGCUUAUUGAGCGCGGGUGUGAUGCUUGUGUGGCGCGCAUGGCGGAGGAGCACGAGGACGACAUGCUGGCGGCGCUCAAGGCGGACCUGGGCCGCGGGCGCAUGGAGGCGCUCAUAGAGGUGUGGCAUUGCGUGUGUCGCCUCAAUAGCCUCUCCCCUCCUUCCCCCCGCCCCACACACCACACACCACGGCAGGUGGGCACGCCCCUGACGUUGAGGCCAGGCCGCUCUAAGGUGGUGUAUGAGCUGCUGGGUGUGUUUAGAGGCGCCUCGAAAGGCGCCUCAGAGGUCGCUACCAAAGUCGCCAAAAUCAUCUUUCUCUUCCCCCCCCCUCUCCUCCAGGUGGGCACACCACUGACGUUGAGGCCAGGCCACUCACAGGUGGUGUAUGGGCCGGGCCGCUGGGUGUGUUUCGAGGCGCCUCAACAAGGUGCCUCAACAGCCUCUCCCAUCCUUCCCCCCCCUCUCGACCAGGUGGGCACGCCACUGACGUUGAGGCCAGGCCAUUCAGAGGUGGUGCAUGAGCCGCUGGGGGUGGUGCUCAUCAUCUCGCCCUGGAACUUCCCCCUCCUGUUGAGUUUGGAGCCGCUGAUAGGAGCCUUAGCAGCGGGCAACGUGGUUGUUCUCAAGCCAUCAGAACACUCCCCCUCCUGCUCGCACCUGCUCUCGCGCCUCCUCCCCCUCUACCUCGACUCACAGGCCGUGCAGGUGGUGGAAGGCGGCCCGGAAACAGCCAAGGCACUGCUGGGGCGGCGGUGGGAUAAGAUCUUCUUUACGGGUGGCACGGCUGUGGGGCGCAUUGUGAUGGAGGCGGCCAGUAAGCAUCUGACACCUGUCACUCUGGAGCUGGGCGGCAAGAAUCCACUGUUCAUCGACGAGUCUGCUGACCUGGAGGUGCGUGCUGCUGACCUGGAGGUGUGUGCAUGUUGUCUCGAGUGCAACGUGCAUGUUCCAUAG